AUGGAAGGCGAUGCAACCCCCAGAGCCCACCUUCUCGCGCUCCCACGUGAACUGCGAGACGAGAUCUAUACUUAUCUCAGCCAUGAUCUGAUUCUGGAAGAAGUCCCCAAUGCGGGUGGCGUGCACGCGAAGAUCUACAGAGCACCCAUUCUCAACGUCCUGCUAGUGCAUCCAAUCCUCCACGAGGAGUACCUCGCUUCCGAUAUCUUCAAGCAGCUCACCAUUACGAUUCAUCGAGAACUGCGACCAUCAAAAGCUGCGUUGAUGAAGGCGCAACUGGGGGGAGCCUUGGCACAUGUUCGACAUCUGGUAUUCACAGCAUACCCGGUCGAAUGGGCAUGGGUCUCUGGCUUCAUCGAUCACGUUCUUUACGAUAUGCCAAAGCUUUGCGCUCUCAGUGUUUUGUCUAAAAACCCGGGUGGCGGCCACAUUGCUACAACUCCGCCACGGUCCUUGGCCGGACUUCCACUUGGUCCUACAUGA